GGUCAAAUGAGUUAAAACUUAAAAUACCAUACCAGCCGGGUUAAGUUAUACCGAUCAAACCGAAAACAAACAAUCGAAACAAAAAGUCCUGUAGGUCCAAAACGGCUUCGUUUAAACUUCUUCUCGUCGACCGUCGGCAGUUAUUCGAGUUACUCCUUUUCUACAAUUCUUCCUGCGUAAUCUUGCUUCUUCAAUUUUCCCACAAUUUGUCAUCAGGUUGCCGCAAUUUCGACUCCCACCUUCCGGAGACGACACUAGCCCGGUCAUUGUUCGACGAAAUGCCGCAGUGAGCUGUGGAAAUCCAGCAGAGAUUUGGAGAGGGGAUGAGGUUGCCGCGGAGUCUAAACGUCUGGAAGUUGGGGACGGUGAACUACUUGGAGGCGCUGAAGUUGCAGGAGAAGUUGGUCACGGAGAGGAAAGCCCAGAAGAUUGGCGACACGCUUCUCUGUUUGCAGCAUCCUCCAACGUACACUCUGGGGAAGCGACGAACGGAGCACAACUUGCUCAUCUCCGAGUCCGAACUCAGGAACAUAGGAGCUCAGCUCCAUUACACCGAGAGAGGUGGAGACAUUACCUACCACGGCCCUGGUCAGGCGGUGCUGUAUCCGAUUCUGUCUCUUCGGGAGAUUGGAUUCGGGGCAAGGAAGUACGUCGAGAAGCUUGAGCUUACUAUGAUUGAGCUGGCGUCGCUCUAUGGAGUGAAGGCUUCUGUUGGGGAAAAAGGGGAAACUGGGGUCUGGGUCGGAGAUGGCAAAAUUGGUGCCAUUGGAGUUCGUAUCUCUGCCGGGAUCACUUCUCAUGGACUGGCGUUCAACAUUGACCCGGAUUUGAACUACUUCAAGAACAUUGUGCCGUGUGGGAUUGCGGAUAAGCGAGUUACUUCCCUGAGGGAGGAGACAGGUACUGUGCUUCCUACUGAAGACAUUGUUCAUGAUCAGUUGAUUUCUUGUUUUGCCAGACUGUUUGGUUUUAGUAAUCUUGUCUGGAAGGAAAAUGGUUCCUGUCCUGAAACCAAAGAUUUGCGAUAGUUAAUUUAUUCAUGGGUUUGGAUGAACGAUCUAAACUUUGUACUAUCUGUGUGAUUUGAUCUGUUAUAGGAACAAACUUUGUUCAUGGCUCUGAUUAUUUUGAUCCUUGUCAAGUGGGAAUGUAUAAUCCUGACCCAGAGAAGAAAAUAGCAUAUUUUGAAUAAGAAAUUAAACUUUAUUGGAGCAUCUUGACUCCACUGUUUCUCGAUCAGAUCUUGAAAAUGAAGCUCUCUCCUUGUGAGUAAGUCACAUGGAUGAUGAGAUUUCUCAAUCUCUUCCUGAAUGAUACAAUAUCUGCAGUUAAGCCACUGCAUUUCUGAAUUCAGCACAGUGCUCUUUGUUCCCCUUUGCUCAUUGAAUAUUGAUUGGUAGGAGGUUUCCACUUCCAGGUAAAUAUUUCUCUAUUUUGUCUCCAAGUGACUACUAAAUCCAUGUUCUAUAGCUGACGCAUCUUUGAAAUUUUGGAAAUCUGCAGUCUUGAUGGUAAUUUUUAAUACAAGUACACACGUAGCAUAGAGUAAUCCAAGUGCUGAACCGAACCUAGUUUCAGACUAUGUUAAAUGUGGUUGAAGCGUCCAAAACGUAAGUUGGAGAAGAUCUCCUCUAUGGCCAAUUGCUUAAGGAAAAUUAGUCUAUGUGCCAUGAAUCUGGAUUGUCAUUGUCUAGGGACACUGGUUUGGUCAGGACUUCAGGUCAUUAAGGGCAGGCUAUCCCAGCUAAUCUUAGCUGUAUUUAUGUGCUCUUAAUAAGGUACAACAGUAAUAAGGCAUUUAAGUAUUUUUUUAUUAAAAAGGAAGGACAGAGAAAAAGGUGAAUUAUUUGUUCUCAUCUGACUCAUCACAUGAUACUUUCACUUUUAUAGUUAGAUGGGUUGCAGAUUGGCAAGACAAAUAUAAUACUCAAUCCAUCAUCACAUGGUUAGCUGCUUCCAAGCUCCAACCUAAUCAAAAGGCAUACCACUAGCAUAAUGAUACAAUUGACGAUGUAAAUCGUUGAAAAUUUGUCAUCUAGGAGAAUGCUAUCACAGGAGCCAGUCAAGUGAGACUACUUUCAUAAUCGAAUGCAUAUUACACAGUGAACACUUUCUAUUAGACCGACCUACUGCUGCAUUGUUAAUUUGAACUACAUGUUUUCAGUAGACUGGAUCUGAGUAUCUUUUUGAAAUCUGGGAGGUGUAUGGACCAAUUGUUGUUUAACUUAGUCCAAAAAGGGUUUAGAUCUACUUCCUUUUACUCUUUGACGUGAUAUGGUUAUACCAUCCAUGCAUUUACUGUCCUAAGCUUUAGAGUGUUUGAUACCAAGUAAAGGUUAGGACUUGGGAGAGAUUAAAUAUAUGACAGACCGUUUUGGCAGUCAUGGGAUUAAAUAUACUUCGUAGGA